ACUUAACUGUCAAUCAGUCAACGACACAUCGAGUCGACGCAAGUCAACGACUUUCUCAUUUAUUUUGGGAAGUUAUUGAAUUUUCGUUGCUUUACAGUAAAAUAAAACCUCUGUGGUAAAAUCGUCAGUAAUCACUCAAAGUGCACUAUUCUCCCUGUCUUCCUACUAGGGCCACUUUAGAGAAUGUCGGCAUCUGAACCCCCUACCUUGUUUGCAGGGAACAAUACUUACAAACCAAUUAAUCCACUCGUGAGCCGAGAAGUUGGAGACUUCACGCCGUUCUACAUAACUAUAGCCAUCUGCUCCGUGAUCCUUGGCUCUAUUCUGAUACUAAACUUCAUCUGCUGUUGCUCACGCUACUCGGAGUACUGGCUAGACAGACACACAGGUAAUCGUUGGAUUGUGUCCAUUUGGUCGAGUACUCCUCACAAGCAGCCCCCUCUGGACUUCACAGAGCUGGAGAGCCAGUACGGGAACGUACAGCUAGUGCACCCUCCACACACGGAGUACCUCGCAUCGCGGCACCGUGAGGACGACGUGCCUCCGUCCCUCUCUCAACAACCUCUCACUUCCUCACAGGAAUACCUCGAGUUGCACAAGCGUGAGAGUGACAUAUAAAGAUGGCAUUCCUCAUCAUGUACCCGGCUGUGGCCGUUCUCACUCUGUUUGUUCUUAUAGUUAUCAUAUUAAUGCUAAGAUUUGGGUCACGCUGGUGUAAACUCCGUCACACUGCAUUUGCAGACCAGGAGUAUUGGACUGAAGAGGAA